CUCUCUCUAUCUCUGUCUCAAUUCGCUUCGCAAGAAUUUUCCACUUCUUUAAGCACAAUGCCAAAAUCGUCCCUACACUUGUCUCUUCUUCUUCUUCCACUACUACUUUACUCUCUCUCUCUCUAAAUUUCUCUCUCUCUCUCUCUCUCUCUCUACAAGUUUGCACAAAGCAGAGAUACUUUUCUGUUUUUUAAUCUAUGUGAUGAUAAGAGUAGUUAUUUGAGAGAUGGGUGCUUGUGUUUCAGUUCACAAAGACUCAGAUUCAAUUAUGAAGCUCCGAUUGUCAUUUGGGUCUAAAACUGAAAAGCUUGUGGUUCCAUCACCGAUCAAAGACAAACCCAUCAUCAGUGUUGACCGUCCGGUCGCCGGAGUUGGUCUCAAAUCUCAGUGGUCACCGUCGAACCAAGUGACCAGUUUUGACCUUGGUAGUAAAGAUGAGACCUUUUUUGAUUCUCAAGCCUGGUUAGAGUCUGACUGUGAAGAUGAUUUCCUCAGUGUUAAUGGUGAUUUUACCCCAUCUCGCGGUAGUACUCCAGUCCAUCACAACUUUUCCACGGGAACACCACUAGUCAAUAGAGCCCUUCUCCAGGACCGAGCACCUGGUUCCAUACCUGAACCAUCCCCAACAGAGAAGAAGAAGAAACUAUCUGAACUUUUUCGUGAUAGCUUUGGAGGUGACCAAGAUGUUGACAGUCGACAUAUGUUGAUCAACCAGAAUGAGGUGAACGUGAAGAGGGAAGGUACAGUAGCUACGUUGGACCUCUCUCAAAAAUCGGCAAAUGGUACCCCUUAUGUCUCGGGAUCCAACUCCGUGUGUAGUAGUGAAAGAACUCCAAAUGGAGAUUUCAGACGUGAGAAGGAGAAAUCGAUUAGGUCUACUCAGUGUUGCCUCCCGAGGUUACUUUCAAGCAGUAGUUUUAGUGAAAGGAAGAAGAACCUGCCCCCUCCUAGUAGUGUUAAGUGAUUAACAUGCUUGAUAUCCAUUACCUUUAAGUACAAUGUAAAUGGAAGAAGCCAAAAUCUCAACUCUUGAGUAUUAUUGAGUCACUUUGAAUUUGUGAGAUUUAAGUAAAUAUUAAGGAAUAUGGUGUUUAUCGCUAGCGAAAUCUUGGGAUUCAAGUGCAUGUAUAAAGCAAUCCUCAUCAAAUCAAUCUCCAGGUGACUCUGUCUUCAGUUCA